CACAAGGUGCUCCUCCGCUCUCAGACCUGCAGCGCCCAAAGAUCAGGCAUGAGCAGCCUUAGGGUGGCUUGAAAAGUAUUUCACUGGAUGUAAACCUUUUUAUGCACGCCUGAUGGAUUGUACUGCUUUAUUGUGUUCUCGGACUACUGGAAAUCUGAGAGGUUAUUUUACGCACACGUGCCAGCGCUCACCGUGAGUCACUGAAUGUCCGGAUUAAAAAACCUUGUGGAUCUUUUUGGAGGGUACGAGAGAAAUGAAUUAAAUGGAGAUACAGAUCGAAUAGGUGUCCCGAGGAGUGGAAUAUUUUCUAGGCUACACUCGCAGCCCACAUGGCUUUGCCAAACUCAUCGGGGUCUCCAGGAGCUGGGAAGCCCAACCCCAGCGUCAUAGACCUGGGGACAAUCUUCGUUGACUCCGACAUCAUAUUUGGAUUUACAAGUCACCUGCUAAAGAGAAAAACAAAGGUGGAGGGAUGCCCGAGCGGGGAGUCUCCGGUAACCCACAGGAAAAGACUUCACUCUGCAGAGGACGCGCGGUGCAGCAGCCGGCCUCCUCCUGAGGGCGCCGGGUCGGUUUCCAUCUCCGAGUCGGAGGAGAAGGGAGGCUUUUGCCAGCAAUGUCAAAAGAAAGUCACAGAGCUGAAAAAGCAGGCCCUAGCCCUGGCAGAUCAAAAUUUAUUGAAGGACCCUGGAUAUGCAACCUUCCUGUUCGAGCAGCUCCAAACACCUGGGAGCCAUGAAGCUGGUGUCAGCUGUUGCCAGGUGUGCUCCACACCUCUCCGCCAACUGAGGCAGGAGGCCUUGCAGACGCUCCACGCCCCCGUCCUCACCUUCAGCUCAGACAUGGCAGCCUUGCCCACUACAUCCUUUUUACCACAGCCUGCUAGAUUCACUGUGUCAUCCUCCCCUGUCCAUGCAAAACAACUGUCCAAAGGCCAACCAGUUGCCCACUCUGUCCUGCCCUUGGGAGAGCAGCACAGGGUACCAGGCUGGUCGCAGAGCCCCUCUGUCUCUUCAGGGCCUAAGACAAGUGUCCAGGUGACAGUGGCAGGAGGGCAGCUCAGUGGAUCUCUGAGCUCCGUUACUAUUCAGGCACAGCAGUACCUCGAGGGCAUGUGGAGCAUCUCCAGGGUCAACACCUACCUCCCUCAGCCCAAACCGGCCCAGGGUUUGAUGGGGGAAGUAGACAGGGAUGUCACAGCCUUAGAGGCCCCAGUCACCACUAUGACCACCUGCACCAGCAGCACCAGCAGCAGCAGCACCCUGACGCCCUGCCGACUGAGGAGCUCCAGCCAACCGGGACUCCCAGCGCCCAUCACCAAUAUAUCCACCUCCCCCUCUCCAUCCUCAUCUGCAGCAGCCUCCUUCUUCAUUAGGGCAGCUCAGAAGCUGAACCUGUCCUCCAAACGGAAGAAGCACCAGCCCUCACUGCUCCACCCACAGGAGCCCUCCAUUUACCCCACCAACUUCAGUGGCAUCCUGCAGGUCUCGCCGCCCCCUGCCCCGCCAUGCCUGCUCCGAGCCGUCUCCAAAGUGAAAGAGAACCCAGGGAUGGGAAAGGUGAAAGUGAUGAUGCGUAUCUGUCCAUCUCUGGAGGCUGCAGACUCCUCAGAGUCUCAGUCCUUCUUGAAAGUGGACAGCAGAAAGAAGCAACUGACCCUCUAUGACCCUGCAUCCAGCCCACACUCCAGUUCAGGACACAGGAGAUCCGCCACUGUGGCUGUUCCAAAGAUAUUCGCCUUCGAUGCUGUUUUUACCCAGGAUGCCUCACAAGCUGAGGUGUGCUCAGGGACAGUAGCUGAGGUCAUCCAGUCUGUGGUGAACGGUGCAGACGGCUGCAUCUUCUGCUUCGGCCAAGUCAAGCUUGGCAAGACAUACACCAUGAUUGGCAAAGACAGUUCCACUCAGAGCCUAGGCAUUGUGCCCUGUGCCAUUUCUUGGCUCUUCAAGCUCAUCAAUGAGCGCAAGGAGAAGACAGGCACGCGCUUCUCUGUCCGAGUGUCUGCGGUGGAAAUCUUUGGGAAAGAUGAGGAGCUGAAGGACUUGCUGUCUGAGGUAUCAACAGGCAGCGUGCAAGAGGGCCAGUCCCCGGGCAUCCAUCUGAGAGAGGAUCCCAUCUGUGGAACUCAGCUCCAGAAUCAGAGUGAGCUACGUGCCCCGACGGCUGAGAAAGCCGCCUUCUUCCUGGAUGCAGCCAUCGCCGCACGCAGCACCAGCAGACCCAGUGCAGAUGAGGAAGAGCGACGCAACUCCCACAUGCUGUUCACACUGCACAUUUACCAGUACCGCAUGGAGAAGAGCGGCAAGGGUGGAAUGUCAGGCGGACGGAGCAGGCUGCACCUUAUCGACCUGGGGAGCUGUGAAAAGGUCCUGAGUAAAAGCAGAGACGGAGGGGGAGGCUUAUGUCUUUCUCUAAAUGCGCUGGGAAAUGUCAUCAUGGCUUUAGCAAAUGGAGCAAAACAUGUACCUUACAGGGACAGCAAACUGACAAUGUUGCUGAGGGAGUCCCUUGGCAACAUCAACUGCAGAACCACCAUGAUCACCCACAUCUCCGAUUCCCCCACCAACUACGCUGACUCCCUCACCACUAUCCAGCUGGCAUCCCGCAUCCACCGCAUGAGGAAAAAGAAAUCUAAGUAUGCAUCCAGUUCAUCUGGUGGAGAAAGUUCCUGUGAGGAAGGGAGGAUCCGCCGGCCGCCCCACCUCAGGCCCUUCCACCCUCGGACUGUAGCCCUGGACCCAGACCUGCCCUCAAUGCUCAGUGACCCAGACUACUCCUCCAGUAGUGAACAGUCUUGUGAUACUGUCAUUUACGUAGGCCCUGGGGGAACUGCGAUCUCAGACAGGGAGCUUAGUGACAAUGAAGGCCCACCUGCCUUCGUUCCAAUCAUCCCCUCCCUGAACAAGAAGAAGUCUGCAAAAGAGGGCCCCCUGGACAGAGACCAGUUCUUUAAAUGCAACACAUUUGCAGAGCUGCAGGAGAGGCUUGAGUGUAUAGAUGGCAGUGAAGAACCCACUGCCUUUGUUGGAGAGGGCAAGCGAAGCCAGGCUAGCCCCAAGACAGACAAAUCUAAGGAGAGCCAAGGCUCUGUUUCACCAAAGACUGUAGCAAAUAUUUCUUUCACCCAAGAGGGCAUUUCACCCAAACAAUCUCCUAAAUCUGUUGCCACACAACCAUCCUGCAGUCCCAACACUAAAUCUAAACUGGACAAUGCCAAGACACAAUGCAUACCUGCAGACAGGGCACCAUCUGACAGUGUUCAAAAUGUAUGCAGAACCAGCGCUGAUGGUGAGAAAGCCUUGGUUUCAGAAAGCAGAGUUAUCACUAACAAACUAGCAACUGCUGCAGGGCCUAAUUCUGAGCCUGUGGUGAGGGAGAAGGUCUACUUCAACAAGAAAGCUUUGCCGAAACCAGCCCCACCUCCUUCCAGCAAGGAAAACACAGACAAUGAGGAAAGAUCCAGCACCAGAAUGCCUCCUGUAGGAAUGAGCCACCAAGCUGUGAAAAGAAGGGAUCCUUACACUUCCCCUUUGUUCAGAGCGCCAGUGGAGGUGUGCCAGGUACGCUCUACCUUGAGGGAGAGAUGUCUGGAUCGGGACAUCCUUAGAGCCACUGUCACCUUGCAGCAGCCUGUGGAGCUGAAUGGAGAGGAUGAGCUGGUAUUCACUGUGGUGGAGGAGCUAUCUAUAGGCAGUAUUGUAGAGAAGGGUCGCCCAUCCAGCAUUAUCAGCUUUAACAGUGACUGCUCCCUUCAGGCCCUGGCCUCUGGUUCCCGACCUGUCAGCAUCAUCAGCAGCAUCAAUGAUGAAUUUGAUGCAUACACAUCAGCUGUGGGAGGUUCAGAGGUGAACGUUGCAGCGGUCCCACCCCUCCAGGAGGGAGCAAUGGAGUGUAUAGAUAGCAGGGGUUCAUCUAUCAGCUCUUGGCUGAGUGAGGUUAGUGUCUGCACCUUGGAGAGUGAAGGGGCUCCUUCUACGGACGUCUUCCUUCCACAGGCCAAACACAUGGGACCAGAGGCCACCUUUUACUUCGAUUCUCUGGAUAUGUUCCACUGUGUAUCCUCUCCUAGAGAUGCCAAGAACUCCUUAAAUGACAGUGGAUUUAGUUUUUCUGAACUAGACAGUGAUAGUGCAGCCUCAAGCAAACUAUCCUUGACAAAGUGCCCCCCAUCUCCGGAAUCAGCCAAAGGCUCCCUCAGAUUCACACCUAAAAUAACUAAAGCUCAUUCACUUAGCUCCUCCCAACUUCCACAGGGCCCCUCCAUAGUCCACUCUAGUCUUCCCAGGAAGAUUAAACCUACCUCAUCCAUCUCUCAUAGUAGCAGCAGUAGCAGCAGCAGCAGUAGAGAACCACCAAGGCAAGAGGCUAAGCAGGAGGAUCCUUGGCAGCGCAGUGACAACCAUUCAGGACCUCAGUUUUCUGACACGGGCAGCACCAGCAAAUUUCUCAGAAAUCCCCCGAGUGGCAUCCCUUCCAGCAAGACAUCCAACAACAACAGUGUACCUCGCCCACCCAAGGUGCAGGGGUCUACCUCAUCCCAGAGGGUGGUCGAUGGCUGUGAGAAGUCAGCCAGUAACAAUCCACCCAGCAAAAUGCCUCAGCUGAGACGAGGUGCCACCACCCUAGGAACAGUGCCCGUCAUCCAUUCCUCCACAGACUACAAGGGAACCCAAGAUUUUAUUGCAUCUACCACGAGCCUUAAAUUCUCCUCUCUGGGGAAAAACAACAAGGCUAACUCACAGAAAGCGAGCAAUCUCCCUAAACCUGGUUGCACUUCACCACCCCCCCCACCGGUGAGAAAGUCCAGUCUUGACCAUAAGACUAAGACCCUGCUGCCCCAAAGUGCCUUAAAGUCAGCAUAUGGGGAGGCAGGGAGGGCCUCUGGAGCAAGGGCAGCUGUAUCAGAGGAUGAGCUUGAGGUACGUCACAGAGUAGACUCUACCAGUUUCAAAACCUCCAGCCUCAACACAGCCAAAGUUACCUCCAGCCUGAAGGCCAGAGGGCCUAGAGGAGAGGCUGGGCAAUAUUAUGGCAGUCAAAUGUCCCUGGAAAGGUGUGAAAGCCUGUCUUUAUCGGGCUCCAGAUCUGCACUUAGUAGGGAGAAUAGUGGGGCAAGUCUGGGCAGCAGCAAUGGCAAAUCCAGUAAAUCCAUUCCGAGAUUUGGUAUUCCUAAUUCAUCCAGCUCUCCUAUAGCUACCUGCCCAUCAUCCCCAAGUGGAGGAAGUCUUAACAGACCUGGUCAGGUAAAAGCUUCUGUAAAUCCCAGAGCAUUAGGAACAGUCAAUGGUAAUAAGGCACGCUCACUGUCAGCCAACAACUCCAAGGGACUAAGCUCCUCCACCAAAUCUUUGGCCACUCCUGUGACCAGAAAUACCAAUGCCAACCUUCCUCCAUCAGGACGGACAUCAGCUCCUCGAACCACUGCUGCUGUCAGCAGUAAGCCUGGGAGAGGAACUAUUAUGGGCACAAAGCAGGCCAUGAGGGCUGCCAACAGCCGUGUGAGCGAACUGGCAACAGGCAACAUAUCAGGCAAACAUGUGAGAGGUUCAGGAGAUUCAGACAGCGGGAAUGACAGCGGGGUGAACGUGAGUGAUGACAAAUCGCCCAUAGCCAUGCUGCCCUCUCCAUACAGCAAAAUUACAGCACCUAGGCGGCCUCAACGCUACAGCAGCGGCCAUGGCAGUGACAACAGUAGUGUGUUGAGCGGGGAGCUGCCUCCAGCUAUGGGCCGCACAGCUCUUUUCUACCACAGUGGUGGCAGCAGCGGAUAUGAAAGCAUGAUCCGCGACAGUGAAGCCACAGGCAGUGCUUCCUCUGCCCACGACUCUAUGAGCGAGAGCGGCAUGUCAUCUUCAGGCAGAACAAGGAGCUCCAAGUAUCCCAAGAAGAGAGCAAAUGGCUUCCAGAGAAGACGGCUUAUCCCCGCACCCCUGCCAGACACCUCUUCCCUGGGGAAGAAGGCAGGCACAGCAGGCCAGUGGGUGGACUUGCCUCCUAUGUCAGGACCGUUGAAGGAGCCUUUUGAGAUCAAAGUGUAUGAGAUCGAUGAUGUUGAGCGACUCCAGAGGCGGCGUCAGGAAGAAACCACAGAGCAACCAUUCCAGGAUGUUGACAAGGGCCUACAGUAUUUUAACAGUAAACUGAAGAUGCUGGAGAGAAGGCAACAGCAAGUGAGGGAACUGAGGGCAAAGCAUGAAGUGUUGUUGGAGGAGCUGGAAGACACCAAGGCCCGACUGAUGAUGGACCCCAGCAAGUGGAUAGGAGAGUUUGAGGUGGACCAGAAUUUGGAUAAAGAGUCUCCGGAGUACCUAGAGGCCUUGGCACAGGCCACAGAGGAGCUGGAGUUCUGUGUCAAUCUAUGCAAGUCCCGUGUCAUGAUGGUGACCUGCUUUGACAUCAGCAUGCAAACACCUGGUGCUCAGGAGGGACUGUGUGAAGUUGAAGUCUGAGGACAAAAGAAAGUCGAGUUGGAGAAACGAGGAAGUGAGAAAACAAAGGAUGAUGAAAUGUAUCUGUCAGUCUAUAGAUAUCACUGGAAUUAAGAACAACAAAUGACAGAGAUGAGAUGAGAGUGGAUUUUUGCAUUAAAACAGAGGAAAUCUUAACCACCUAGCUACAGUGCCUCGUUGUCCAGGACAUGUUUUAAUGGCAUAGAAAUGAAACGUGAGCACAAAUGCUGUUGCCUGUAUGGCAAGGCAGUGGCCAUCAGUUUCUCAAGCGUCAAUGAGCAACACCUGGAAGUGCCUUUUUUAAUGUUUUGUUUUGAGUCAUUAUUUUUCAUAUGGUGCAGGUAUCUUAAGCAUACCUUAGCAAAUCCUGAACAUAUUGCUUUUAAGAAAAAUAUUUUAUAUUGCAUUGUAUAGUGUAUUUAUAUGAUUAUGUGGUGUGUACAAAUGUCCUUUUAAGGGAAAAAAAAUAAAGAGGAAAAAAGAAAAAGCAAUAAGCUAAUGUUAUUGCGCUCCCAGACUUUGCCUUUUCUCUUGUUUCAAACCUCAGUCAGCGUUUAUCCAUGUUCAUUCAGCCUCUUGCGCCUUAUGUUACCUCUCUGGUUCUGUAGUUUUCUAGAUUUUCAAACUGGACUAUGUUAUCUCAUCAAGGACUGCAUUUGCUGUUGUCACUCAUCGCCUGCCAGCUGGCCUGUGACAGCUAGCAGGGUUGAGUGAAUGUUUUUCCCUCCAGUUGCCUUGAUCAAAAUGGGUCUCAGUGGAUGCACUAAGGUAGAGCAGCAGUUAUGUUGGGGCUUAUUCAGGCUGUGCUUGCCCAUGUUUAUCUCACUGAAAAUGAGAGAUUAAGCCAAAACAUAUCAAUCAGAGGGCCACUGUGAUAGAUAGUGAGUGAUUAUUCUUGAUUCAGCCAUUCUCUCUGUUGCCUCAGUACAGAAUGUGGUCAUGCAACCCUGAGAGACCCAACCCUCCCUACACUAGCCAAUGAGGAUAACAUGAUGAAUGGUUACACUGAUAGCAGUGCUCAUCAGUGAGCCCAAUUUCUCUCCAAAUGGGCUUGGACUGGGUGCUAUCUAUACACUGUAACACAAAGAGGCACAGAUAAGAUAGCACAAGUCUGCUGGCCUCUUAUACAAUACUUUUUCAAGCGCUACCAAGCCUCGGCUCUAUGCAUUCCAAUACAUUUACUGCAACUACUGUAAGAACCUCAAUACUGACUUAAGGGCAGCAACACAGUUUGGCCUCUUUUGUCCCCUGUUCUUUUUUAAAAAUGGGCAAAUUAACAAAGUUGAUCCAGUGUCUCAAACAAAGAGUCAAGAAUUGUUAGUUCCCUGUGAAAUGAUGCAGUGAAUAAGAGCAAAUGAUCAUGACAUUGUUUAGGAAAAUCAAUCAGGAUAUCAGCUCUUUGUAGCUGCCAGAAUGUGCUUGUUAUGAAUCAAACGGCUGACACAGAGAGAACAAAGAUGAUCGGUGAAAAUGAUUGUUGCGAAAAACAAACUGGCUUUGUUGUAUUUUGGUAUGUUUGAUUUCUAUAUCAAUGACAAAUAUGACUUUGUUUUCUUUCUUUUACAAAGAUGUACUCUCUCAGGCCCUCUCUGAAGAUGCUGCAUGAGAUUUUUUAAUCAUUUUUAAGAAUGAUUUCUACUCCAUUUUUACCAUUCUAAUUUUUUACAAUAACUUCAGUUUUCACUAAUGUGGGGUUAGGCUCAUAAAUUAAAUAACUAUUACCAAACCAAGACCUUUUUCCAAGAAAUUAUUAUAUGUAAGGUCAUGUUUCAUAUCAAAACUCAUAUUUUCGAAUAUCUUUGUUUUUGUAUAGGAUUUUCAAACCCUGUGUAUAAAUGUAUGAUAUGGCAGCUUGUGUUUUACUUUUACAGUACAUGUGAAUAAAAUGUUUCUUCUUACUGA